AUGUCCACCUACCAAAAUCCGCUUUGUCGAGGCUAUGUUGCAAGGAUAGCGCUCCCCGAGCUAUUUCACCAAACGACUGUUCUCGAAGAGCCCUCGAACACGAGUCGUAUUGGAGUAUUGGCGGCGCAGCCAGCCGCAGUACAAAACCCAGAAUACUUAUCGUCUGGAUCAAAUGUGCCCGUAGCCAACGGUGCGGCAGGGACGGUACUUAAUCAAGACACCAGCCCCACCCCGACAUCCACACAGGAAAAACCGAAGAAAUUCGUCAAAACGAAGAAAAUUCUCGGGAAGGUCUUUUUCGUAUUUCACUUUGGAGUACAGGGCGUGGCAGCUGCAUCCGACGCCUUCCCGCCUGCAAAGCCGGCUGUUGGCGGCCUACUUUUCAUCUUGGAUGCUAAAGUCCAAGACGAAAAAGUCGAGAACAAGCAGCUGUUGAAGGCGAUUGAGGAUAUUGGUGGAAUAUUAGAAGAAGCCACGAUGCCAGAAGCUGAUUUUCCUAGGGAGCUGCAAGGAGCUGCUGUUACUCUCGAUAGGAAUACCUUGGUCAAGGCUGCAGAUGAUCUGUUGUCCGGAAGGGUCUGCAAAGAAAUUAAGGCUGCAGUUAGGAAUUAUAAGCUUCGUCUACUUGCCCAUUGCGCCUCCCGUUCGUCAGCUAUACACGUCUGCCACGCUUCUGCGCAGACUAAUAAGGAUAACGGCCAUCAUCUGACGCUAUUCUUUUUCCGUCUCAAACAGUCGACGCAGAUCGAGAAUCGAGUGCUGUGGUUCCCAAAAGUCUUCGGCCCUCCUGUUUUUGGAAAGUAA